AAGCGCCCGAGGUCUGGAAGGCACAGAAAUGGAGCAAGAGCCACAAGAUGGAGAGCCUGCUGAAAUUAAGAUCAUCAAGGAAGCAUACAAGAAGGCCUUCUUAUUUGUUAAUAAGGGACUGAAUACAGAUGAAUUAGGUCAGAAGGAAGAAGCAAAGAACUACUAUAAGCAAGGAAUAGGACACUUGCUCAGAGGAAUCAGUAUAUCAUCGACAGAGUCUGAACACAUAGGUGCUGGGUGGGAAUCUGCUAGGCAGAUGCAACAGAAAAUGAAAGAAACGCUACAGAAUGUACGUACCAGGUUGGAAAUUCUGGAGAAGGGUCUUGCCACUUCUCUACGGAACGAUCUUCAGGAAGUACCCAAGUUAUAUCCAGAAUUUCCACCUAAAGACAUGCCUGAAAAGUCACCAGAGCCUCAGUCCUUUAGUUCACCUCCUCAGCACACUGAAGUAAAUGGAAACACUUCAACGACAAGUACAGGGUUGGUUCCUGCACCUAGUUCUUUAUCCUUACCAUCUCAGAGUCAUCCAGCAGAAGCACCUCCUGCUUAUACUCCUCAGGCUGCUGAGGGUCAUUACACUGUAUCCUAUGGAACAGAAUCUGGGGAAUUUUCAUCAGUUGGAGAAGACUUUUAUAGGAAUCAUUCUCAGCCACCUCCUCUUGAGACCUUAGGGCUAGAUGCAGAUGAGUUGAUUUUGAUACCAAACGGAGUACAGAUUUUUUUUGUAAAUCCUGCAGGGGAGGUUAGUGCACCUUCAUAUCCAGGGUACCUUCGAAUUGUGAGGUUCUUGGAUAAUUCUCUUGAUACUGUUCUAAACCGUCCUCCUGGAUUUCUUCAGGUUUGUGACUGGUUGUAUCCUCUAGUUCCUGAUAGAUCUCCAGUUCUUAAAUGUACUGUGGGAGCCUACAUGUUUCCUGAUACCAUGUUACAAGCAUCAGGAUGCUUUGUGGGGGUUGUCUUGUCUUCUGAAUUACCAGAAGAUGAUAGAGAACUCUUUGAGGAUUUAUUAAGACAGAUGUCUGACCUUCGGCUUCAGGCCAACUGGAACCGGGCAGAAGGAGAAAAUGAAUUCCAAAUCCCUGGAAGAGCUAGAUGCUCCUCUGACCAAUUGAAGGAAGCCAGUGGCACUGAUGUGAGACAGUUGGGUCCUUCAUUGGACCAAGACAAUAAGGAUGUGCGUCAUAAAGGAAAAAGGGGGAAGAAAGUUAAAGACACUUCAAGUGAAGAAGUUAAUCUGAGUCACAUUGUACCCUAUGAGCCAGUUUCAGAAGAAAAAGCAAAGGAAUUACCUGAAUGGAGUGAGAGAGUGGCUCAAAAUAUUUUGUCAGGUGCUUCCUGGGUGAGCUGGGGUUUGGUCAAAGGUGCUGAAUUUACCGGCAAAGCAAUCCAGAAAGGUGCUUCUAAACUCCGUGAACGGAUUCAACCAGAAGAAAAACCAGUGGAAGUUAGUCCAGCUGUGACCAGGGGACUUUAUAUAGCGAAGCAGGCUACAGGAGGAGCAGCGAAAGUCAGUCAAUUCCUGGUUGACGGAGUUUGCACUGUAGCAAAUUGUGUUGGAAAGGAACUAGCUCCACAUGUCAAAAAGCAUGGAAGCAAACUUGUUCCAGAAUCUCUUAAAAAAGACAGAAAUGGGAAGUCUCCCUUGGAUGGUGCUAUGGUUGUAGCAGCAAGUAGCGUUCAAGGAUUUUCAACUGUCUGGCAGGGAUUGGAAUGUGCAGCCAAAUGUAUUGUUAACAAUGUUUCAGCAGAAACUGUACAAACUGUCAAAUACAAGUAUGGGCAUACUGCAGGAGAAGCUACACAUGAUGCAGUAGAUUCUGCCAUCAAUGUUGGUGUAACUGCCUAUAAUAUCGACAACAUUGGUAUCAAAGCAAUGGUGAAGAAAACUGCAAAAGAAACAGGACAAACACUCCUUGAAGACUAUAAAAUAAUUGAUAAUUCUAAGGGGAGAAAUAAAGAAGGAAGAGCAAAUGUAAACAUGAAAAGGGAGAAGGGUGAGCAGACAAAGGAACUAGAGAAGAGUGAGGCAAAGAAGAAAGAGAAAUGAUGGAAGUGCUGUGAAUCACCUAUACCAAAGCCUUACAAGGUGGAUGUAUUUUUGUUAAAUAGGCAAAUGUGGAAUUCCCCACAGAUUAACCAGUGUUUUAAAAAUGUAUUCAUUCCUAUGAAGUGACUGUUUCAUAAACUUUAUGGCAUGUAUUCUACUUACAAGGAAAAGAAUCAGUAUUCUUGCAUCUGGCCUUUCGAAAUAUAGGGUUAUAUUCUCAUUAAGUUUAUUUUUUCUAAAUGUGGCUAAAAUAUUUUUGCAGUUAAAAUAAGACUAAUAAUACAUGUGCUAUAAACCUCAUUAAACCUAAUGUUAAACUAUUUUUGUAUUUGCUGUCUUUCAAAAAGCAAGGUAGGAAAUUAUAUAUUUACAUAAAAUUUGGCAUUUAGUAACCUUAGCUCUAGUACUUGGAAGAAUGACUUAAAGUACUGUCUGCUGGCUUUGCACUAAUUGUGGAUUUUUUUUUUCUAGGUGCUUGUCAGAAUUUCAGUGUGUAAGCUAAAAACAACUGUACUCCUAAACUAAAAGAAUUCUCAGAUAACAUUUAAAAGACUUUUUCAAUACAGGAAAUAAGCUAAUCAUGAAAAAUAAGAUGAGGUUCUAUAAAAUUACUUGGUAGCUUAUCUCUUUGUUAGGAAGGGGGAUGGUCUUUCUGAUUUAGAAUGAAUACAAAGAGAUUUUUAAGUCUUCUGGAUUUAGACUGGUAUUGAUCUACUAGGAGCCUAGGAGAUUUUGGUGUAUGAUUGAUACUGCGUUAAAAUUUGAAGUGAUUAUCAUCACCUUAAUUGACAGAAAAGUACUUUAAGAAAUCAUUUUACCAUAUCUACUUCUUUAAAUUAUUCCAGGAGGCUAAAUUUUUGUAAAAAAAAGAAACAAUUUUUUGGAUGGUAAAUAUAUUUUUAUUUUGGGAUUUAGUCAUUGGAAUUGUAUAAAUUAUUAGGAAGAAAAGCUUCUAUUUAUAAUCAUGGUAAAGAAUGUGAAGGCUUUAGGCUUAAGGUGAGGUAUAAUAGUUUCCACUCUGGCAGAAGAUAGGACAUUCA